CUCUCCUUCCUGCCCAAGAUCCAGGAGCACCUGCUCAAGGCGGAAGCCAAGCGGUCGCCGGGCAGGAAGGUGGGCGCCGAGCUACGCGAGUCCGAGUACAUGGAGGUGCUGGAGAAGAGCUGCUCACAGAGCUGGGAUGGCUAUGGCGUCAUGGAGGUGGAGGGAGUGAAGCGCCUUGCCGGGCCAGGGCUGCCGAAUCAGGAGUCCAUAACAGUGAUGAUGUCCGGGGGCCCGUGGCCGGGCAGGUUGCACAAGAUGUGCCACAGCUACGUGGGCGAGCUGGGCGAGGAGCAGCUCUACCGGGCGCACCGCCGCGGGGCUGCCGCGCUGCAGGAGCUGCUGUGCCACAGCGCCAAGGGUGCCUGCGCCACGCUGCGAGGCGCCAGCAAGCCAGCUGCCACCAAAGCGCCGCAGAACGAGCUGUAG